GUGCACGCCCAUUAAACAAACUCGGAACAAGGAAGUGAUGCACCUGUUGCUACUGCCUCUUUAAUCUACUGUACAUUUUACCACCUUCUGUAACAUCGAUAAUUAGUGAGGUUUUGUGAAGCCCCAUCAUGAUGGCAGAAGCUGAGGAGGAAGGUGCGCCAAGUAAGGAGCAGAAGCAUCAGCUCAGCUCUUCUCCCGGCGGCCCGGAGGACACUCAGCCUGCUGCCUCCACAGAGUGCACGGAGGAGCGGGCAGAGCACACUCAGCCUGCUGCCCCCGCGGAGGGCACGGAGAAGCGGGCAGAGCACACUCAGCCUCCUGCCCCCGCGGAGGGUACGGAGGAGCGGGCAGCAGCAGGGGUGAUCGGAGAGGCCCGCCUCCAGCAUAGUGACUACUCUGUGGAGUCACCUCUGGUCCAGUUUAAGAUCAGGAGGUUCUUUGUGUUGAGGCCUGGCACUCUGAAUCAGGCCAUCAAAGACGUUGAAGCUCUGGUGGAUCAAGAAGUAGAUGGCAGCGUUCACAGCCUUUGGCUGAUGGCAGAGGUGGAUCACUGGAACAAUGAAAAAGAGCGUCUUGUUCUCAUCACAGACAACUCACUCCUGGUCUUCAAGUACGACUUUGUCAUGUUCAACUGUGAGCAAAUCCAGAGGAUCCCACUGAACCUUGUGGACCGCAUCUCCUGUGGCAAAUUCAGCUUCCCAAAGCGCGCUCUCAUUGCGAGAGAGGGGGAGGGGGUGCGAGUCUUCUGGGACCGGCUAAGAGAGCCCUCCUUUACCUCCAGGUGGAACCCCUUCGCCACGGACUUCCCCUUCAUCACCUUCACCCACCACCCUGUGAGGAACGUCAGUGACACAUUCGCUGCUCUCUGCGACAUCCAGAAGUUCCGUGAGCAGCUCAAGGAUGCAGCGCAGAAAGUCCACGCCAUGAGGCCGGUUCCUGGGAAGGCCAACGGCGUCCUGGUCCUGAAUCAGCCCAUCCACAUCGAGGCGUUCGUGGGCCUCAUGUCUUUCCUCGGGAACCAGAACAAACUGGGAUACUGCGUGGCUCGAGGAAAUAUCGGCUUCUAACCUUUCUGCAUUUAUACACUGUAGUAGUUUUAUUUUCGUUCAAAUUGAUUGCUCAGAUUUGUAAAUCUUGAAUUCAUGUUGAUACGUUUGUUUACAUUCAAAUUUUACAAGGAUCACCAAAGAGUAGGGCUGGGUAUAAAAAAAUCGAUUUUCCGAUUUAAAUUGAUUUACAUUUGAAUGAUCCAAUAUCGAGUCAUGAAGUCCAGAAUUGAUCUCUGUCUGUGUCAUAUGAUAAUGAAAGAUAGGCUACAUUUUGGCGAGGGUAAAACUAACACGGCCAUUUUAAAAGGGGUCCCUUGACCUCUCAACUCAAGAUAUCUAAAUGAAAUGUCACUCAAUCCUCACUGACUAUAGAGUCUGUAGAGCUGCACUUUACUGUGUGUUCAUGUUACAUAAAAAGGACUUUAAUGUAA